AUGACAUCAACCCCAAAGCCUGAAUAUGAAUCCCCCACACAAAAGCUUUUUUUCCCAGCACGAAAGCUCUUGAUCAGCCAACAAAACGAACGGGAGGCUAUCAUCCGCUUGAGCCGCGACGUCACCUCCUUCUCCAAGAAGGUCAUCUUCUCUGCCCACAGAACCCUGCCCUCAUUGCCCCAGAGCAUCAGCAACCAGCUCGUUGUUGAACUCAUUGCAAACUUCAAGGUGCUUGCUAAAGCACUUUCAUUGAUCCACUUCCAGUACUCGCACAAACCAAACUUUGUCAACUACAAGCCCACCAUCUCCAAUGCGCUAGAAGAAUUCAUAGAAGCGGUCACAUUUGGCCACUAUUUGUCCUACCGUAAAAUUAUGCGCUUCCUGGAGCUUCUUGAGGUCCUCCGGCUCUUAGUUGUAAGCUACGAUGACCUCACACAAGAGAUUAACGACGCACGUCUCCACUACGCGAUCCAGAAAGUGUUUAUAGGGUUCAAUGCGGAAGGGGUAUUGCCGUCAGUCGCCCCAGAAACUCUGCUGGUCGACGUUUUUUGGUGUUCAAUGGGCGAUUACAUUAUGGGUUUGUUGGACCUUUCAGGCGAAAUGAUGCGAUACGCCACGGUGCACGUUAAGCCAGCGAACGACGAAGCAGAAGUCUCGUCCACGAGUUUGCAAAUCUUUCGCGAUCUCCAGGAGCUCAAGGCUGCGUUUGACGUCCUUGCUCUUAACAACAAGACAUUGAACGGAAUCAAGAGUGGGCAGUUUAUGUUCAGUUCAAAGGCAUACGUAAAUAGCAGCUGGGGCAAGAAGAUCCAAGUGUUGGCUCAGAACUAUCUGAAGGUUGAGGACUUGAUCUGCGGGGUGUGUAUCCGCGGGAAUGAGAACUACGUAGAGGAGGAAUUUUAA